GGAACAACAGCUGUGACGUUUCACGACAGCUUCGCCGCCCCAACAGUGCAUUCUGGGUUCAACUCAAGAUGGCUGCGCCCUUGCAGAAGUGCUGAAGAAGUGCCUCUUCGGAGAAAUUCCCGGAAUUAUUUGAGAUUUCCUCGAAGACCGUCGCUCGGAGCCGACUACCAGGGCCGCUGGUACGUAGAAGGAGUCCACGCGAGCCCAGUCAUUGAUAAGUGCGGCCGCCGUUACGUGUGGCUGUGGCAGACUGUCCGUGUGAAGAUGGGCCUCGCCUGCAGCCCCUUCCCAUAGCGAAGAGCCGUGGGGAGAGGAGCCGCAGAUUCCCCUGCAAACACGCGCCCGUGCAGCUCGGAUUUGACGGCUUUGACUUACUCUACAGGCUCUGGACGCUGCCCUACAAUUUGCUGACCAGGAUUGUGUGUGCGACCGUGUCUGUCAUUGUCCGGAGAAGGAGAGCUUCCACAGCCCGGGCUGAUAAUCCCACCGCACCAAGGGCCCUGAUGAAAAUGGACUCAGACUUGCUUCAUUCACCGGCUGUGGGCCUCGCUGAGGAAGAGGAGGCCGAUAUGAAUGACUGGAAACUUCCCUUGGCCUUCAUGAAGAAGAGGCACUCAGAGAAGAUUGAGGGCUCCAAGGCCCUGGCGCAGAGCUGGCGGAUGAAGGACAGGAUGAAGACUGUGAGCGUGGCGCUGGUGCUGUGCCUCAACGUGGGAGUGGACCCACCUGAUGUGGUCAAGACCUCCCCCUGCGCCAGACUGGAGUGCUGGAUAGAUCCUCUGUCGAUGAGUCCACAGAAGGCCCUGGAGACCAUCGGGGCCAACCUGCAGAAGCAGUAUGAAAACUGGCAGCCCAGGGCCCGUUACAAGCAGAGUCUGGACCCCACGGUGGAUGAAGUGAAGAAACUGUGCACGUCACUCAGACGCAAUGCCAAGGAAGAACGAGUCCUCUUCCACUACAACGGCCACGGCGUGCCACGACCUACUGUCAAUGGAGAGAUCUGGGUUUUUAAUAAGAACUACACCCAGUACAUCCCGCUGUCCAUCUACGACCUGCAGACGUGGAUGGGGAGCCCGUCCAUUUUUGUGUACGACUGCUCCAACGCGGGAAUCAUCGUCAAGUCGUUCAAACAGUUUGCCCUGCAGAGAGAGCAGGAGCUGGAGGUGGCAGCCAUCAACCCCAGCCACCCGCUUGCCCAAAUGCCCCUGCCGCCCUCCAUGAAGAACUGCAUCCAGCUUGCCGCCUGUGAGGCCAGUGAGCUGCUGCCCAUGAACCCUGACCUCCCCGCUGACCUCUUUACAUCCUGUCUCACUACGCCCAUCAAGAUCGCCCUACGUUGGUUUUGUAUGCAGAAGAGUGCCAAGUUGGUGCCAGGGGUGACGUUAGACCUCAUUGAGAAGAUCCCUGGCAGGCUCAAUGACAGACGCACUCCCCUCGGAGAGCUCAACUGGAUCUUCACAGCCAUCACCGACACGAUCGCCUGGAAUGUUCUGCCCAGAGAUUUGUUCCAGAAGUUGUUUCGUCAGGACCUGCUGGUGGCCAGCUUGUUUCGCAAUUUUCUGUUAGCAGAGAGGAUAAUGAGGUCAUACAACUGCACACCAGUCAGCAGCCCCCGCCUGCCCCCUACAUACAUGCACGCCAUGUGGCAAGCGUGGGACCUGGCCGUGGACAUAUGCCUCUCUCAGCUGCCCACCAUCAUCGAGGAGGGCACCGCCUUCAGACACAGUCCUUUCUUCGCAGAGCAGCUGACAGCGUUUCAGGUGUGGUUGACGAUGGGCGUAGAGAACAGAAACCCACCUGAGCAGCUCCCAAUUGUACUGCAGGUCCUCCUGAGUCAGGUGCACCGGCUGCGUGCUCUGGACCUGCUCGGACGGUUUCUGGAUUUGGGACCCUGGGCCGUCAGUCUGGCCUUGUCCGUGGGGAUCUUCCCCUACGUGUUAAAGCUGCUUCAGAGCUCAGCCAGAGAGCUGCGGCCGCUGCUGGUUUUCAUCUGGGCUAAAAUCCUCGCUGUGGACAGCUCAUGUCAAGCUGACCUGGUGAAAGACAAUGGGCACAAGUACUUCCUGUCAGUGUUGGCUGACAAUUACAUGCCUGCUGAGCAUCGGACCAUGGCUGUCUUCAUUUUAGCUGUUAUAGUGAACAACUAUACCACAGGGCAGGAGGCCUGUCUGCAGGGCAACCUGAUAGCAAACUGCCUGGAGCAGCUGUCAGACCCCCAUCCCUUGCUCCGCCAGUGGGUGGCUAUUUGCCUGGGACGCAUCUGGCAGAACUUUGACCCGGCGCGUUGGUGUGGGGUUCGCGACAGCGCCCACGAGAAGCUCUACACUCUGCUUUCAGAUCCCAUUCCAGAGGUGAGGUGUGCAGCUGUCUUUGCUUUGGGGACGUUUGUGGGGAACUCUGCUGAGAGGACGGACCACUCCACCACCAUCGACCACAACGUGGCCAUGAUGCUGGCCCAGCUCAUCAACGAUGGCAGCCCUGUGGUCCGAAAGGAGCUGGUGGUAGCACUCAGUCACCUGGUCGUCCAAUAUGAGAGCAACUUCUGUACUGUUGCCCUCCAGUUUAUUGAGGAAGAGAAGAACUACUCCGUGCCGUCACCGGCCAACACCGCGGAGCCCGGUAACCUGACUCCAGUGAGGGACAGCCCGGCCAUCCCUCGCUUACGAUCAGUCAACUCCUACACCAACAUCCGAACUGCUACCACUGCCCGCAACCUGAACAAAAGUCUGCAAAACCUCAACCUCAAUGAAGAGGGUGGACCAGCAGCCUUCUCUCCUGGUAACUUGAGCACCAGCAGCAGUGCCAGCAGCACCCUGGGGAGUCCUGACAACGACGAGUACAUCCUCUCUUUUGAAACCAUCGACAAAAUGCGACGGGUGUCCUCGUAUUCUUCUCUGAACUCCCUCAUAGGCGUGUCCUUCAACAGUGUUUACACUCAGAUCUGGAGAGUGCUGCUUCAUCUGGCUGCAGACCCUUUUCCUGAAGUGUCAGAUCUGGCCAUGAAGGUCCUCAAUAGCAUAGCAUACAAGGCUACGAUGAAUGCCAGACCUCAGAGGAUCCUGGACUCAGGAUCGCUCACCCAGUCAGCCCCAGCCAGCCCCACCAGCAAGGGCACGCACAUACACCAGGCUGGUGGUUCUCCACCAAUGCCCAGCACCAGCAGCUCCAGUCUGACCAACGACGUUCCCAAACCCCCCACCAGGGAGCAGCCGGCCACACGACCGCCUUACACCCCAACGCUGGGAGGACAGGCGCCCCACUCACACCAGUUUACCCGCACUCGCAAAAUGUUUGACAAGGGACCCGAGCAGGCAGCUGAAGACAGCGAUGAACCAGGUGGUCACAGGAACUACAUCAGUCCGGCCCUCCAGACAGGCUUGUGCGACUGGAGCGCCAAGUAUUUUGCUCAGCCUGUCAUGAAGAUCCCCGAGGAGCACGACCUGGAGAGUCAGGUGAGGUUGGAGCGUCAGUGGAGGUUUCUGAGAAAUGCUCGCGUAAGAAGGCAGAGUCGAAGCAUCAUACAAAGAGGUAUUUCUCGCUUGGAUGAUCAAAUAUUCAUCAACCGCAACCCCGGAGUGCCAUCAGUGGUCAAGUUCCACCCCUUCAACACCUGCAUCGCUGUGGCUGACAAGGACAGCAUCUGCUUUUGGGACUGGGAGAAGGGCGAGAGACUGGACUACUUCUACAACGGAAACCCUCGUUAUACUCGCAUCACAUCCAUGGAGUACCUGAACGGACACGACUGCUCACUGCUGCUCACCGCAACAGAUGAUGGAGCGCUACGGAUCUGGAAGAACUUUGCUGACCAGAAGAAUCCGGAGAUGGUGACGGCGUGGCAGGGUCUCUCCGAUAUGCUGCCCACUACCCGAGGUCUGGCCAGAAGGGUCUCCAUCUAUCUUGACAGGAGUAAGCAAGGAGGAGCAGGUAUGGUCGUGGACUGGGAGCAGGAGACGGGGUUCCUCAUGACGUCUGGAGACGUCCGAGUCGUCAGGAUCUGGGACACUGACAGAGAAAUGAAGGUCCAGGACAUCCCAACAGGAGCGGACAGCUGUGUGACCAGCCUCUCCUGCGACUCCCAGCGUUCGCUGAUCGUUGCCGGUCUGGGUGACGGGUCUGUGCGGGUCUUCGAUCGGAGGAUGGGCCCCAAUGAAUGUCGUGUGAUGACCUACAGGGAGCACGGAGCCUGGGUGGUAAAAGCUCAUCUACAGAAGGAGACAGACGGGCACAUCAUCAGCGUCAGUGUUAACGGAGAUGUGCGGUUCUUUGAGCCACGGAUGCCGGAGUCCAUCAAUGUGCUACAGACGGUGAAAGGCUUAACGGCUCUAGACAUCCACCCACAGGCCAACCUGUUCGCCUGUGGAUCGAUGAACCAGUUCAUAGCGGUCUACAAUGCAAACGGCGACGUGAUCAGCAACAUUAAGUACUAUGACGGUUUCAUGGGACAAAGGAUUGGUGCCAUCAGCUGUUUAGCCUUCCAUCCUCACUGGCCUCACUUGGCGGUAGGCAGCAACGACUACUACAUGUCCAUCUACUCGGCAGAGAAGAGGCUCAGAUAACACACCAGCAUCCAUCACCUCUCCUCCCCAUCAUCACACAUGAAUUGUGACCCUGAGCCUCAAGCACCGGGAUGUAAAUGACGUUCUUUUUUGUUUUUCGUGUACAUAUGCAAUUACCACCCUGAAUGUUCUAGUGAUGGCUGCUGACGAAAACUCAUGCUACAGACGACUCUCUAUAUAUAUUAUAUUAUCAUUGUUUAUUCAUAUUCUUAUUAUGAAGCUAAUGAUUGUAGACUUGGCUGUGCUGAGUGUGUAUAUUUAAAUAGCAUCUACAGAAGAAGAGAGGUUCUAUUUUAAAAAAGAAAAGAAAAUGGUACCUGUCGAUCACCGGGGGCCUCUCCUCGCCACACAGCGAGCAUCACUACCUGAACAAACUCUGACCCAAUCCAGAUGUGGCGAGAGAGGACAGCACGCACACACUGUUCAAACACAUUAACCGGUGCAGGAAACAUGAACUCGCCACGCCACCGAACCCCGGUGCGUGUGCGUAAACUGGCCGAGGAUGCGGAGUUUCGUGACUUCGCAGCACCUGCCGCCAAGACGCUUGGAAGGGCUUGGAAGGACGGACCCCGGAAAGGUGGAUUGUGAUUACUGUUCCCUGAAAACGUCAAGCCGGCAGACGUGACGAGUUUGUUUUUGUGAGUGUUAGAAGGAAUUAUAGCACAGAUGUGCCCUGCCCACAGCGGGCUCUCAUAGCCUUGGACUUGCCCAAAAAGACACCUGCUCCCAUUCUGCAGUUCUCCUCCUCGCUUCCUUCGCCCCAGCGUGCCAAACAAAAUCAUCAUUUCCAUGCAGUCCCCUUCGCUGUGGCUCGGAGGGGUGUGCUUUUUGUUUUGUUUGUUUUAGCUAAACCUGCUUUGUUACUAGGAUGACGCAUGCCCUUGUAUCUAGCACAGUGAGAGGAGAGCUAGCCAAGUACCUGGUCCUACCUAGAGACCGCGGCAGCUACCUACCUGCCUCUGCAAAGCAAUAAGACUGCUCGUGAUCGAUCCAGCCUCAAGCUCUUCCUGUUUCCCACAGAAAAACACACUUCCAUUUGGAGGGGGUGUUCGGCUGCCACAGUACAGCAAUACAAACGCACACAUUUCCAUUCACGACAGCGAGUUUCCUUUAGACUUCAUCGUAUGGCUGUGCCAUCUUUACCUGCUGUCACAGUAAAGAUGGCGGUUUUUAUGAUUUACCUGAGGGUCAAACAAGCCCUCAAAAAGCUGCUUUCAUUUUUAUGGCUUCUGGAAAAUACAAAUAGAAGUAAAGCUUCUUGUUAAUUUAAACCAAUCAGGCGCAGCUUUGUCUUCAUUCAGAUCCUUUUUUUUUUUUUUUUUUUUUUAUGAACCCCCGCUGCAGGGUUUCAUUUCAGCUCUUAUUUUGCUUUUAUUGCAGACUUCUUUGGAUUGAUUAUGUGUAACGGAGCGAAAGUGCGCCGCAUGCUUAGAGAGCGCCGACUCACCUGUUGUUGCUCGCUGCAUCAGGUUUUAGUCAGCCCCCUAGAUUUCGCUCAGGUAUUUCACGAGCCCCCGUUAGCCCCCUCCUCCCCCUGCAGCAUGAUAGGCAGGUGAGGUCAGUCACAAGCAAGAGAUCAUGAAAACUGACGUCAAUGUGGUGCUCUUUCCUAAAGCUUUUUUUUUUUUUUUUUUUUUUUGUGCAUUAUCACCAUCGUCGUGCCUCUCCUCUGAGGCAGCUUUGCCUUUUUAAUCUUUUUUUUUUCGUUCUUUUCUUGUAUUUUUCUAUGUUUUUAAUUCUUCUUUGUUCGCCUUGGCCUUGGGGGGUGGGUGGGGGAGCUUUAGCAUUCAAAGGCUGCUCCCCCCUCUCUUUUCCUGCCACACCUCCCAUCUGCAUCGCGCCUCCCGAGCUCUACUUUUCCCCCACAGACGGAGUGGAUUUGUAGACUGAAAGUGAACUGGAAACACCAAACAUACCACACAACAUGCAGUCCGGUCACCACGUCAGUCUCCACCCUCACACGCUCACUGAGCUGGUCCAAGCCCUCAGCUCACACUCACAUUCAUCUCUGAGUAUCCUGCUUUGAGUUUUAAGAUUUUAGAGCUGGACAAAAAGUCUUUAGUAGGAAAGGAAAAGUGAAACAAUCAGGUUUGUGUCUGUGACUUCAGACUGCUUUGCUGACUGUGGUUCAUAAAGCAGGAGAUGAAAUCAGUGAAAUAAACCAAAUACAACACCGGG